ACUUGGAGCCGGGAGCCGCGCUGCGCCUGGGAAGGGGGGGGGGAUCCAGUUUCACGGCCGUCACGUGUGCCUCGUCCUUGCUGUGACCAGGGCUCUCCCCUUCCCUGGACCAACGCCUUCGGCCGGGCUGGAGAGCAGGAUUGGAGCGAAAGGGACGCGGCCCGCGGUUGGGUUUUGCACUUUUUCCCCCACGCGGCGGGAUUCGAACCGGCGCCCUGGCUGGCUGCGCUUCCCUGAAAGGGAAUCUGGGAAGUUGCUGUUUCACAUCAGAUCUCCAGUGAAAGCACAGACAGUUUCUCUUCACCCCCUCUCCGGGAUCCUGCAGAUGGGAAACGGAGGCCCGUGCUGAUCGGAAGUCGCCCGGAGUGGGGGAUCCCUCUCUGAAGUUGGGGAUCAUGGCAGCUCCAGGGUACCAUGUUCCACAGCCAGGCUACCCAGGGGCGUCUCCCCCUUACCCCGUUGUGCCGCAACCGCACGCUGGGCCUUCUGCCCCCAGCUCCGGGUUCAACGUCUAUCCUGCCGCCAGCCCGGGGCCCGGCUAUGUGCCUGCGCCCCAGCCACCCCCCCGGGGAUACCGUGACCACUCUGCUUCCCCCCAGCACCCCCAGGCCAGCGACCCCCACGCCGCCAUCACUCCUUACCUGCCUGUGUCGGCUGGUAUCCCACCUGGCUUGGAGUACCUGACCCAGGUAGACCAAGUUUUGAUCCAUCAGAAGGUGGAACUUGUAGAAGCUUUCAUCGGCUUCGAAGGCAACAACAAGUACGAGGUGCGAAACAGCCUCGGCCAGCACAUCUUCCACGCGGAAGAGCAGAAUGACUGCUGUACCAGGAACUGCUGCGGCUCGCUACGCCGCUUCUCCAUGCGACUGGACGACCCCAGCGGCCGUGAAGUCAUCCGGCUUGUCCGUCCAUUAAAAUGUGUCAGCUGCUUUUUCCCCUGCUGUCUUCAGGAGAUGGAAGUCCAGUGCCCGCCGGGUGCCACCCUUGGCUACGUGGUGCAGACCUGGCAUCCCUUCAUGCCCAGGUUCUCCAUCCAGAACGUCGAGAAGGAGACGGUGCUCCGCGUUUUGGGUCCUUGCUUUGCCUGCAGUUGCGGCGGGGAUGUCAGCUUCGAGGUGAAGACCCGGGAUGAAUCCCGCGGGGUAGGCCGGAUCAGUAAGCAGUGGAGCGGUCUUCUUAAGGAAGUCUUUACCGACACGGACAACUUUGGGAUCCAGUUCCCCAUCGAUCUGGACGUGAAGGUCAAGGCGAUUCUCCUCGGAGCCUGCUUCCUCAUUGAUUUUAUGUUUUUCGAGAAGACGGGAGAAGUUGGACAGAGGACCUCCGUAAUGAGCAGUUGAAAUCAUCUCAAAUCAGGGACAAUUUUCCUGGUUCUGACCUGACAGAGAGAGAGGGAGUGUAUGUGGGUUUUUUUGUGCAAAGAGAGUAUGCGUAUAUGUGUGUUUUUGUGGGUAUGUUUGGGUCUGACAGCGAUGGUUGCGCUUGCAAAUCUCUAUGUGUCCAAAGACUGGGUCUCUAUCCUAGUUGCCUCUGUUCUCGGAAGCUGUCGUGGCCUUGCACUUCUGCACAAAACUUGUUAGAGUCUGUCCGAUGCACUCUCUCUGCCAUCUCCAGGCUGGGGAUUAUGGGAGUUGAAGUCCAGCUCUCUGAAGGAGGAGAGGUUGGGGAAAGUUGGGUUCGUUGUUCUGCUGUUAAAGUUGUGAUUUUCAGGGAAACUUUUGGCAUAGAACAGUGUUUCCCAAACUUGACAAUUUUAAGGCAUGAGGACUUCAACUCCCAGAAUUCCACAGCCAGCAACGCUGGCUGUGGAAUUCUGGGAGUUGAAGUCCACAUGCCUUAAAAUUGUCAAGUUUGGGAAACACUGGCAUAGAAGAUCGGUGAGGGGUGUUCAGCUGAGUUGGGGUGCCUGCUCAGGUUUUUGGGGUGCAGGGACCAAGGCUGUCUGGUCAAAAAAGUCAGAACGAUGGCUUAUUGUGUCACCAACACUUUGCCCAUAAACCGGGGAAGAUUCAUCCUCUAAUCCGGAAGAAUUCUGUUUCUUAAUCUCAGCAUCUUUAAGAUAUAUGGACUUCAAUUCCCAGAAUUCUCCAGCCAGUGUAGAAUGGUGGACUUAGUAGAUCAGGGGUAUGCUGCAGACAUAGUUUAUCUGGACCUGGAUUUCUAAUGAUAGUUUCCUUUAUAAAUGAUAACUGGGGAAUCCUGGGAAUUGAGGUCGAUAAGUCAUAAAAGUGCAAGUUUGGAGACCCCUGAUCUAAAUGUUUUUCAAACUUGGCCACUGUUAAGUGCUGGCUGGGGAAUUCUGGGGGUUGAAGUCCACACAUCUUAAAGGUGCCCAGUUUAAAAAGCACUGCCUUAGAGAGAGCUUUUAUUCCUUGCGUGUGGAAUUAAUAAUUUGCAAAGAUGGGUGUCUGUGCCCCACAGAUUCUCCAGACUUCCACGCAGAGAGAUUUGGAGGGAAAAACGAAGAAAUCGCCCAUCGAAUAAUUAAUAAAAGGACGCUUGGCGGAAUAAAAAUAAUUACAGAUUAGCAGCCGUGGCACCGCCCUUGCCCCCCCCCCAAAAAACCUUGAAAAAUUAAGAGUGGAGGAAAAGAACAAUCUGUGCUUGUUAAAAGAAAAACAAAACAAGCCAUCUCUGGUUUAACAAUGGCUUCCUUGUUGGACCUGUAUCAGAUGAUCCCAAGACGAAAGAGCCGAGCGCCUUGGUGCACAGAUGCUUUUGUGAAGUUCGAAAAGCAACACAUCUGGAGACAUCCGUCUGUCUCAAUUGUUGAUUCACAGUUCUUGGACGUGGUUUGGACUUGCUUUCCCCAACGUGGACCCCUCCGGGGAUAGGCUGGGCUGCCUGGGAGGGGAUGGGCGUUGUAGUCUUAAGCCGGUUUGAGCUGGGAGCCACUCGGAUGACACCUUUGGGCGUGUGAGUCUGUCUGGAUUAUGCACGGUGUGUGUUUGUGGGUGUCGGCGUGGCGUGGUCCCAUCGGCACCAAGGACGAAACAAAUGCUGCGGACGUGUUGGGCAGACUGUUUUACCAUUUUUCCUCUCUCCGGCCCCAAUAUAUGGAUAGUUGGUAUUUUAAUUCCUAUUUCAAUGUCUUGGCCAGGCACGGUUGCCGGUGCUACGUUGCUUAACCACUAAAAUAGCAAGAUUCCCCCCCAUUUUGUGGGCUGUUAGGGACUCCCCACCAUCAGCUCAAGAGUUGGGGGUCUCGGAGAAGCAGAAAACCCCUUUCUGAAUGUCAGUGUCUUGCAUAAUAUUAAUAUCCAGUAUUUUUUCUCUACUGUAUUUAAAUACCAAAUGUUUUUGGGGGGGGGCUUAGGGUGGCGUGGGGUGGAAGGGAUGGGGUACUCAUGCCACAACGACGGCAGAGAAAGGAUCCGUAGCUGGGAAAAAAAGCAAAGAUGGCAGUUGAAGUUGAUGCUUGGACAAAUUCAGGUCCCCCCCAGUUUGGGGUUCCCUGAGUGCCCUCCGACUCCGGCAGUCUGCUGCGACCCGUGGCAGGGAUGAUGGGAUUUGUUGUUCCAACCCGUGGGGAGGAAAGCUGGGCCUAGAGUGGGAGGUCAAGUGGGCUGUGCAAAAAAAACCCAAACCCCUCCUCCGAAAGUUUGUAAUUUGGGGGUCUCGUGGACGAUGAAGCUUCUGAGUUUCAAGGCCAAACCAAAGACAGAACGAAUAAAAUAUGUACCGUUUGCUCAUUUCCCCCCC